AAUCCGAAAAUAUAUAUAGAAGAAUAUACAAAUACAUGUGAAAGUUUGAAACAAUCUAUUCAAUAAAAAAAAUAUACCGUAAACUUUUUAUGUUUUAGAAAUUGAUAGACACAUAUUAUAAUAUAUACCAAUUUAGAAUUGAAAACACAAUAUUUAUAUAAAAAUAAAUGAAAACAAAAAUCAGCGCGGUUGCACCGAUCAAAAUCUAGUAUAAAGUUUAAUACAAAUGUUAGCUUUGCGAAAAAAAAUUAUCGCCAACACAUUUGUUUGUCCAUCUCAAUUAUUAGUUGAGCAUUAACUCAAUAUAAACACUUGACAUAACUCAAUCUAACACUUAUAUUAUCUAUUAAAAACACUAGAAAUAUUCGUUAGUUCAAUUCUCUCAAAUAAUUUUUUUUUGUUUUUAAAACAAAAUAGUAUUCAAAAAAGAAAAUGACCAAAAUAGAAUUUUUAAUUUUGAAAUUUUUAAUUUUUAUUUAUUUAAAUUUGAAACCCUAUACUCAAAACUCCACUUCUUAACUCUAAAUCUUAAAUCUAAAUUAAUUAAUCCUAGGGUAAAAUAAAAAUAUAUUUAUACAUUUUAAUAAAACUUGUUUUGGUCAUUUUUUUGUUGAAGACUAUUUUUGUGACAAAAAUUUAAAAAAUGAUAUACUAGGGAAUUUAUAUAUUCUAUUUAUUAUAUAGUUUUGAGUUUAUUUAUAACCAUUUAUUUUUCAAAUAAUAUUUAAAAAAAAAUAAAGAUCUUAACACCUGUAAUGUGGAUACAUGUACAUGUCCAAUGAGGACCCCAACCCAAACAUGUAUAGUGACAAUAUUUAAAUAUGUAAAUGUAUAAUGGAUCCCAAACUAUGUAAACAUGGACCCAAUUUGUUUAAAAUCCAGCAAUAUCUAGGCCUAAAACUAGUGCAUAACUAUUCACAAACUUUAUAUUGCUUCCAAUUUAAAUGGAUCAAUGUCUUAUGAGACAUAUAUUUUUUAGUGUCUUAACAUUCCGCAUCUUCAAUAACUUGUAGAACAAGAAAAUAACAUUUUUGGUUGGUGCAACUUAAACUAAUGAUGCUAAGAUUAACCUUCAUAUUUUCACAUAAUAUAUAUUGAUAUAGGCCCGACUAAGAUAACUAUUGGCGUGUGCCUGCUAAACUAAUGAUGCGACGUUACAUUUUUAUAUUAUACCAUGUUAUUAUAAUUAAAAAAAAAACACAUAGUUUUCUUACACCAUCGUUCAAAAUAUUUAAGUUGGAAGCUAGAAUGCCAAUCGCAAUGGAGGUGUAAGUAAAUAUAUAUAUUUUUAACCGCUACGUGAAAAACGACUUAAGUGACAUUAGCGUCGCAUUAACAAGUAAACAUUAGCCGAGUAAGAAAAAGUUUCUUGUGUUUGUGUUUAGGUGUGUAUAUAUUCGUUUUUAAUGCAUACGUGUGAGAGUGUGUAUAUACAUCGGAUAAAAGAGAAAGGUUUCUUCUUUUUCUCCACUCUGUGUACUCUUGACCUUCUUGCUUGCUAGCCGGCGAUUAAAAAAGGCAGGAGCUUUCUUGUUUCUUCAUUUUCUCUUCUUGUUUAGUUAACCGUAGCGAAGAAAACACUACUUGCUAAGAGGAACUUACAUUUGAUUUCAGGGACACAGAGGAAGAAAUUAGAAGAAAGUUGUCUCCUUUUUCUUCUUACAUUCGGCAAAAGUGAAGGUUGACGACAAAGGGUGAAAACUUUCUUCCUUUGUUGUUUCUUUUGUAUGUCUGUGAUGGAAACGAAAUUUUGAGACAAAUUAAGAUCUGCUUAUCAAACCCCAAAUCUAACAUGGAAAGAACUUCAAAGGUUUUAGAAAGUGGUCAAUUUGUGAACUCAAAGAAGGUGUAGGUGUUGGUGUAUUAGGAUGAGAAUGUGGUUAAUUAUUAUAUAAAUAUAGGGCAUGUGUUAUGUGUUGUUUGUUGCGUUAUUUUGGUUCGUGGUGAGAAAGAUAGAGAUGAGAUUAAUUUAAGGGGAAACAACUUGUCAAGCUUGAAUCCAAAGAAACCAAGAGAGCAUGAUGAUAAGACUUCACACACACUAGACUUAGUAUCGUCACUCUUCUGGAUGCAAAUGGAUGUUUCCUUUUGGAAAGAAAAUAGCUUUUGAGUGAACUCUAUAUAUGGUUUUGAUUUUGAGGAAAAUAUAAAAUAAAUUUGGAAAAGGCUACCUAGAAUUGUGGAUUUAGUUUAUUGUUGCAUUACAUCUUUGAAUCUUAUGUGAAAUAUAGCUUGAGUGAAAUGUGGAAUUGGUUUGAAUUGCAUUUGAAAACGCCACCAACAAUAGUGGCUCUUUGGUUUAUUGUUGCAAUUACAUCUUUAAAUCUAAUUAUGGUUUAACUAUGCUUGCUCCAAGUCUACUUCUAACCCGUUUUCUUCUACAACUUGGCAGGCACAUCUUUCUGACCCCCCAAAAAAUGAGUGACCAAGGUCCACUUCCAAUGCCUCUUGGCGGAAACUUCACUGUACCUAAACAUGUCUCUGACUUCUUUGCGAGUGUAGAGAAGCUUAUUCCUGGUCACAUCUUGGGAAUGAUCAUAUCAUCUAAACCAGAUAAUGAUCGUGUCACGGUUGUCAGCUGCAAAGAAACUUCAUACGCUAGGUGGAGAAAGCACACGGUUAUGCCAGGCUUUCUAAAUGAUAAAAACUGGAAAAAGUACAUGGGUCUGAUGAGAGAUCAAGGAGGCCAUAACACUUGUUGGGCUGUUGUAACUGCAGAGUUGAUCAGUGCCAUAAGAUUCAUUCUGAAGUAUGAUACAAAGUUCACUGAGUACUCUGCUCAGUACUUGGUGGAUUAUGCUGACCCAGCAAAGGCAUUAGCGAACUACGAGCAAGAAAGGCAUUACUGCUACACUCACUCUGUAGCUAAAGGCUUAGAUUUUAUACUGGAUGGAGGAAUACCAACAGAAGCACAUUGGAAAUACGAGGGUUGUAGGAAACCGCGAGCUUACCGUCCACCGAAGGAUGAUCCUCAUGUUCACAUUGCUGAUGAGAUGUUAUAUCACCUGCAAUUUCAUCCCAUUGGAGCAUCUUUGGCUCUAUUCCUACCGGAUUACUCCACUAUCAAAAAGGGAGUGUACAGAGGACCUACAUCCAUAGAUUCAGUGUAUAAAUGUCCUCAUGCGGUCUCCAUAUAUGCCAUCGAAGUUGUAGACGGAGAAACCAUUGCGCUUGUGAAAUCUACUCACGGCACAGAACUAGGGGAUAAAGGUUAUUUCAGAGUAUCUUUAGAUACCAUGCUAGUUGAGGUGCCACACAAGGGAAAAACUGCUAAUCGCGAUUUUGCACGACCAUGCCGUUUGCUUUCUCGCUUUUGUUUCCCGAAACUUCCACCUCUACAAGUUUGACUCUAAAAGGAAGUGGAUUGCCUCUCACAUUUUGCGCCUUCACCAAACAGUCUAAAACUUUUCAUUUCUCGAGUUUUGGUUGAUACUUUUGGUUGUGAUUCAUUUCUGGAGUCUAAAACUUGUUUGCUCUCGUCUUUAUGUGUUUGUUUUGGAGCUUGAAUUAGUAUGUGUUGCUUUGUCAGAAUGUUACUUAAAAACCUUAGCAAAAAACUCAUGUUCAGUGGUGAUGCUUCCUCUGUUUCUCAACUUGAUUCGUCAAGCCAAAAGCAAAAAUAGGCAUUCUCCUGUUGCAUCUUCCAUAAAGCUUUCAAGCCCUGAGCCACCAUAACCAUAGCUCCAUGUAUUUUCCCUUGCCAUAUUUUGGUCUAAUCAUGGUGAUUCUUCUUUUCAUAAAGAUGACCUGACAAUUACUCCACCCCUCCCAAUCACCAAAAACAAUCAUCCCUCCAUAGUUAAAACAAAACAUAGUAUUUUUGCUAAUUUUGAUAUAUGUCUCAGGUCAUAAGCAUUAAAUAAAACAUUAGGAACCACAGGGAAGCUCCAAACUGUAGAUAACAUACACACCACCAAGGUUAUGUCCACCACGAGAUGGUGCAACACUUACAAAACUAAAAGAUAAUAAACACAUCAGAUCUUAUUAGCCUCAGAAGAAAAUUUUCAUUCAACUGGAUUUGUAGGCCAAGCAGUCGACUUCCAAGCAAAUGUGUCCAGGAAUACCAUCCAUGGUUUUCCUUACAACCGCUUGGUACUCCACAGGGGCACCACUCGGAUCGCCAUUGCCUUUGAAGAUAAUGUAGAAGAUGGCAUUGUUGGCCUUGAGCUUCAUGCAUGGCUGCGACUCUUCCUUGGUUUGUAUAGUUACCUUCUUGAUUUCCAGUGGUAGAAAUGGCCUCAGGUCGCUCUACAUAAUAUGUCUGAACAACUUAAAACGUCAUUAUUUCAAAUAACUUAAAACAACUAAAUAUCAGUACGUAAUUAAAACAUAUAUUGUUAAAAUAAUUUAAAACAAAAAUAUGAUAUAAACCAAAUGGAAUUUUAGUUAAAAUCCAUGAUAUAACUCAAAAUGAAUAAUAUAACAAAACAAAAUUCAAAAGUAUAUAGAAAUUCUAUAAGAAUAAAAA